ACCUGACUGGGGGAGGGAGAGUGAGGCCGCGGUGCAGUGUGGGUCGGCUUGUUGGUGGGAGUAGCGGGCUGUACCACGUGGUUAGGUACUCUGCCUCGGUUUCGCGCCCAUGAAUCUCCUCAGCAGCUUCACGCCUCCCGGCGACGGAGUCCGACGGCUGCAGCCCGGCACUGAGGCAGUGGUGGGCGGCAAGGGGCUCGGCCCUGGGACCCUCUAUAUUGCAGAGAGUCGCCUAUCAUGGCUGAAUGGUUCCGGCCUUGGUUUUUCAUUAGAAUAUCCUUCAAUCAGUCUACAUGCAAUCUCCAGGGACACGGCCGCCUAUCCUGAGGAGCAUCUCUACGUCAUGGUGAACUCCAAGCUCGGAGGUGCGGAGAAAGAAGACAAGGAAGCUCCUAUGGUUGAGCAGGAGGAAGAAGAAGAGAGUGAAGAUGAUGAUGAUGAUGAUGAACCUAUUACAGAAAUACGUUUUGUUCCUGCAGAGAAAUCAGAUUUAGGAGAGAUGUUUUCAGCCAUGUGCGAUUGUCAGGCCCUCCAUCCUGACCCAGAAGACGCAGACUCUGAUGAUGACUUUGAAGGAGACGAGUAUGACGUUGAAGCUCAUGAGCAGGGACAGGGUGAUGUUCCCACGUUUUACACGUAUGAAGAAGGCUUGUCUCACUUAACCACAGAAGGCCAGGCCACACUGGAGAGGUUAGAAAACAUGUUGGCAGACUCUAUUGGCAAUCAGCACACCAUGGCUGGAGUACGGACUGAAGGAUCUGCACAGGAACCUGAAGAUGGAAUGGAUGUGGAGGCAGUACCAGCAGUGGCCGGCCAGUUUGAAGAUGCAGAUGUUGAUCACUGACCCAUGGCUACAGAAAGGCACUUUCCCUGCCCAAGACUGACCGACUUACUGAUGAUUCCAAGUUCAGAGACGUAUGGACUCCGGCUGUGCGUUAACUACCAGCGACAGCCCCCAUUCUUUUUCCCUUAGGCCAUUUAAAAAAAAAAAAAAAAACGAAGGCUUCUUCAAGUUGUUGUGCUAACACUUUAGCUUUGUUUAGCGGCCAUUUUGUUUGCGUUGAAGGCACUUACGCUCACUGUGGGCAGUUUCAUCUGGAUUAAUUAACUAAAGCACUUGGUCCUGCGGUAUUUGUAACAGUUCUUAUUUUGUUAAAAUAAAUCUAGAUUUUUGUAUCUACCA